AUGGACCGGCUGUCGCAGCCCAGGCCCGCUUUGCCCUCUCCCCUUGAUCGCAAUCGCACCAGACCCACAAACCGCAAGACCAGCUCUCUGCAGCAAACUGAGCUCUGCCACUCGCCUGUUACCAACCAGAAUCCCGCGAAGCAAAUGGAGAAGUUUUCCCGUUGGAGAGACCCAGGCACCGGAAUCCAACCCUUCCUGCCUCCCAAGCCCCCUCGAGUUGAUGGAUCUGGAGUCAAGGGCGCCGUUUCAGUCUUGGAGACAUACAUCCUGGGGCCUCCUCUGGCCGUCGUCAAGGGCUUGCUUGUCGGUAUCCUGGGAUUGUUCUUCCUUGGUCUGAAUAACAUUGGAUCCCUGCUCGCCAUACCGAUCCUGCACCGUUUGUGGAUGCAGCUCAUCAGCGCUCUGGUGCUGCGACCCCUCUUGUUCCUCUUUGGAUUCUACUACAUUCCCUUCGAAACAGUUACUCUGCGCAAAGGAAUGCGCCGCGGCGAUGCUGUCGAGUCGCAUCUCCAGCGAAAGAUCCAGAGCGGCGACAUCAUUGCUGCCAACCACAAUUCGUACAUCGACAUUCUCAUCUUGCAGUGCUUUUAUGCCCCUGUCUUCACAACUGUUUCGGAGGCCGGUUUGGUCCGCUCAAUCUCGUUCCUGGAGGCCCUGCUGACUACCGGCAACGAGCCCCGGCUCAAGUCGUCGUCAAACCACGUCCCUCUUUCGCAACUGGGCACUACCUCCAAUGGCCGCGGCCUGCUUCGGUUCCUGCCUGUCUUCAACCAUGUGGAUUUGAACGAGACCACUAUUCACAUCGUGGGUCUCAAGUACGAUUACGAGCAGUACUGUCCGGCGUACACAUGUGGUGACAAGCAGAGCCACGUCUAUGGCCUACUCACCCAGUUUGUAAACCAUGUCUCGAUCAAGCUACUGCCUGCAUCCGAGUGCGCCAUCGACCCCAAGAGUAUACCAGUGGGCAUCGCCGUCAAUCCGCUGGAGGGUGUCGUGGGAACCCAGGUCAGCAACUACCUCGGGCAAAUCCUACGCACCCGCAAAACCGGCCAGGGCGCGACCGACAAGGUGGACUUUUUGGACUACUAUCGCGAAGUCGAGAGCAAGAAGUACAUUGGCAAAUCGAAGAAGGCCUGA